GUGAUGAACGCACAUUCGGUAAAAAAAUUGGUGUUCUCUAGUUCGUGCACAGUUUAUGGUGUUCCACAGUUUCUACCUCUCACAGAAAAUCAUCCUCUGGGUCAAUGCACAAGUCCGUAUGGAGCCACAAAGUAUUUUGCUGAAACACUGCUCAAGGAUCUUCAUGAGGCUGAUACCUCUUGGAAUAUAGUCAGUUUGCGUUACUUUAAUCCGGUCGGCGCUCAUCCUUCCGCGCGAAUCGGUGAGGAUUCAAGUGGACCUCCAAGCAACUUGAUGCCUCACAUCUGUCAAGUUGCCGCAGGUCUUUCGCCCUACGUCAAUGUGUACGGGAAUGACUAUGACACGCCUGAUGGAACGGGUAUCGUAUUUCUUGUCACCAUUAAUCGUUUGAUCCAAGUGACGUGUUUUGUGUCAGACAGGAGUUAUUUUUUGAGCAAUAUGCCUACUGGUUCGAAACUGUGUUUGUGUAUUCGUGACUAUGUGCACAUUGUGGAUUUGUCCAAAGCGCAUGUCAGUGCACUGCGUAUGUUAAACAACAAUUGCGGACUUAAGGCGUACAAUAUCGGUACCGGAAAGGGUUAUUCGGUACUAGAGAUCAUUCGAGCCAUGGAAAAAGCUAGCGGAAAACGUAUUCCCUAUAGGAUAUGCGCGAGACGUCGAGGGGAUACGGACGCUAUCUAUGCUGAUCCAUCUCUGGCUUUCCACGAACUCAGAUGGAAGGCAGUUCAUGAUCUAGAUAAAAUGUGUGAAGAUCAGUGGCGUUGGCAGCGUCUGAAUCCUCAUGGCUACGAUGGAGACUUUGAAGCUGGUGAUCAUUAA